AUGAGCAACGGAGAGGAAUCACCGAUUUCAGAUCUUAAUACACCCCAAAAUGACCAAGUACUGGCAUCUCGGGAGAAGGAUGAGGAAACCGACGAGCAACUUAGUCCCGCAGCCACAUUCUUGCUCGUUCUAUCUUUAACGGUGUCUACCUUCAUUGCUGCUAUCGAGCAGACGAUUGUCGCAACUGCAGUGCCGACCAUAGCCAAGUCCUUCCAAGCUACGGAACUGGAGUAUGCUUGGAUAGGGACGGCAUAUCUCUUGCCAGCAGCCGCUGCUACUCCACCCUGGGGGAAAAUCAGUGACAUUUUCGGUCGCAAACCCAUCCUACUCGCGGCCAUUAUUGUGUUCCUCAUCGGCUCUCUCGUAGGAGCGCUUGCGAAUAAUAUAAACACGCUUAUCGCAGGCAGAGUAAUACAGGGAAUCGGUGGUGGGGGAAUAUUGGGAUUGUCAAUAACCAUCGUAGGAGAUGUUUUCAGUCCUCGUGAUCGAAGCAAGUAUUAUGGUAUACUAGGUGUGACUUGGGGAUUGGCGUGUGGCAUAGGCCCUGUCGUCGGCGGUGCUUUUGCUGAGUUCGUAUCUUGGAGGUGGUGCUUUUGGAUCAACUUACCAAUUGCUGGCCUAGCUGGCAUAUUCGUGAUCUUCUUCCUCAAGGUCCAUACGCCCAAGACUCCCAUCAUCGAGGGACUUCUUGCGAUGGACUGGCUUGGCACGAUAACAAUUGUAGGUGCCACCGUGAUGUUCCUACUAGGAAUUGGCUACGGAGGGGCGGCUGAACCAUGGGACUCUCCCGUCGUUAUCUGCCUUAUCGUCUUCGGAGUCGUGACGGUUGGCUUGUAUGUUCUCAUUGAGUGGAAAGUGGCCAAAUACCCAAUUACUCCGCUCAGGCUUUUUCAGUCGACUUCCAAUAUUGCCUCGUUCGGAAUUGCAUAUAUCCACGGCGCAAUCUUUAUAGCACACCUUUACUACCUUCCUCUUUACUUCCAGGCCGUCCUUGGUGCGAGUCCGAUCAUGUCGGGUGUUUAUCUCCUACCAGUUGCUGUCACACUGUGUGUGGUAUCGAGCCUGACAGGUGUCUAUAUCAGCAAGUCGGGUAGAUAUCGACCGCCAAUCUACUUGGGAUUUGGCUUGAUGAUUCUAGGAACUGGUCUCUAUAUCAAUCUCCAGGAUUAUCCUUCGUGGCCACGCAUUAUUAUCUACCAGAUUAUAGCAGGUGUCGGUAUCGGACCCAUUUUCCAGGCCCCUAUUGUGGCAGUGUUCAGUCUUACAAAGCCUGCAGACAUUGCAAGUGCAGCGGCGACACUCCUUUUCAUGCGCGAUAUUGCAACAGCUAUGUCAGUCGUUUUCGGAGGAGUUAUUUUUCAGAAUCGUAUGGCGGCACAGUCAGGAGAGAUUGUCGCAGCUCUCCCAUCUGACAAAGCCACACAAGUAAUUGGGGGCGAAGCCUCCGGUGCACUAAAUAUUAUCCCAACUCUACCCUAUGAUCAAAGACAGGUGGUAGUUGGGGUAUAUAAUGAGAGUCUACGGGCUGAAUGGAUUUUCUAUACUGCACUUGGAGUUGUUGGAAUGUUCCUGAGCUUGCUUAUCAGUAAGCAAGUAUUGUCUAGGGAACAUAAAAUCCACAAGACGGGGUUAGAGACACAAGAAGCAGCUCGAUUGGAGGAGAGCGAAAAGAAGAAGCUUAAUGCAAAUAUAUAA